UCUCGUCACGAUGCAAUUGUGGCCGCCAAACGUGAAGCUCGCGUUGUUCGAGCCGAACGCGAAGCAACCGAGGCCGAAGCUAGGUUGGCUCGGCAAGCAUCUAAGUCCCUCAAUACCCCCGAUCGAUCUCAAAUGUCUGCCGCACCCAUCCACUCACCUUCUCCAAGCAACGACUCUGAACCCUCCAGUCCGGUCUCACAAGAGGCCGAAGAGCUACGACAACGUCUUCUAGCAAAAAUGCUCAAACGUCGAGAGGAUAUGCUUCGUGACGUGUUGUUGAAGGUAGAUUUGAGAACAGGCGUACUCUGUUGUGAGAUCAAGAUUCCAGAAUUCGCUCACCAUCAGGUUGUUUGUUUUGACUCUAUGUCAUCGACUCGUAUUACUCGAGCACAGUGUCUGAAUCUUCACACCUGUGAUGCGUUCAAGUCUCAUCGGGAGUUUUGA